CCGGUGCACUCGCCAUGAGGGUCACACUUUUGCACCCCGAAGAUGACUUCGAUCGAAAGGCCAUGGCCAUGGCAUUAGUUGGAGCUGCAGGGGUUCUCGUAGUCUGCAACCUUUUAUUACAGUACCUCAACUCCCCUCUUAAACAUAUUCCUGGACCUUGGCACACACGAUGCUCAAGACUGAGGUUGAAACUUAGCCGGUUGACUGGAACCCGCAUGACAUACGUACACCAGCUCCACGAAAGGUACGGAAGCAUUGUCAGGAUCGCACCGAAUGAAGUAUCAUGUAUCGACAUCCAAUCAGUUUCCCAAGUCUACAAAGUUGGCGGCGGUUUCGAAAAGGCGCAAUGGAUUGGCGACUAUGCAAAGAAGCUUCCAGCCCUGUCCUUGUCUAUGAUUCUGAACAGCGAAGAGGCGAAGCAGCGACGGAGACUUUUGCAAGGCUCUUUCACUCUUGCGUCCCUACGGAAAAAUUGGGAAUCGACUAUUAGGAGUAAAGUUGAGCUUGCAGUCAUGAAAAUCGAGACAGAGGCCUUGGCAGGCUCAUCAAACUCGCACAAGUGGUGGACGUAUAUGGCCGCUGAUGUCAUCAGCCAGCUCUCAUUUGGGCAAUCAUUGGGGGUGCUGGAAACUGGAAAGAGUACGAUGUACAUGCGAGCCAUUGAGAAUGCCCUGAUAGCGGACGUCAUCCAGUGCGAGAUACCAUUCCUCGCCUCUCUAUCCCAACUAAUACCCCGGUCACUGCUUCAGACAUUCUCCCGGCAGCUUGAGCAAGUCAGGCUUGGUGGUGCAGACGGAGUAGCGAGUGUCAAACAGCGAGGGCCAUCAUCAACCCAAAGUAUCUUUACGGAGAUGAUUGCAGAAUGUGACAGUGAAGGUCGGACUUGGUUGACAAAGGAGGCUGUCGGAAUGGAGGGUGCAGGUAUGAUGGUUGCAGGAACAGACACAACCGCUGCUGUUCUGACCUAUCUCAUCUGGUCGGUGUUGAAACAGCCAGUCCUGCAAGAAAAGCUUGAGGAUGAGAUCGCACUACUCGGCGAUGAUUUUGACGAUAAACGACUUGAGGCGUGCCUCAUACUAGGCGCCGUUAUAGAAGAGACCUUGCGCUUAUAUCCCGCCGUCCUCUCAUCUCUACCAAGGCUUAUUCCGGAAGGGGGGAUUACGCUGUCAUCGCACUUUGUGCCUGGAGGUACUGUUGUUUACAGCCCGGCCUACAGUCUGCAGCGCGACCCUAAAGUAUUCCCGGAUCCUCAUCGGUACGCUUACCUAGAACAUCCAUCUGAAAAGGCACUAGUUGACUCGAGACUGUCUAGAUUCGAUGUUGAUAGAUACCUUGACCCGACCAAAGUUUCCCUCCAACAAAGGCAAGCAUACAUCCCCUUGGGAGCUGGGGCCAGAGUCUGCAUUGGUCAAUAUCUGGCAAUGAUGGAGCUCCGUCUUUCCACCGCCGUAUUCUUCAAAAGAUGUCGCGGUGCAAGACUAGGCCCAAAUAUGCCAGCCGACAGCAUGGAAAUGAAGGAUUACGUUCUCCUAUCGCCGAAGAGGAAGCGAUGCGAUGUCAUCUUGAUUUAGAGAAGCAAACCCAACGACCGUCGGCUUACAAGGAUAUUUCCCAAAGAAAUUCUUUCGGUAUAAUUUCAACGCAAGUUGGGAGAGUUCACAGAGCACUGGCUUUUUGACAAGGAAAUAAUACAAAUACG